AUGGCAGAGUUCAAAUAUAAUCUCCCUGCUGUUGUUGUCUUCAAUGUUCACUUAAAAUUGUGCCUUAGAAAGAUGGCUGGUGCUCAUAAUAUUUCAAACGAAUCACCCACAAAACCAAAACACAAUACUCGGUUUAAUGUACUGUUUUACCUCUCCACGUCAUACAUUCUACGUAGUAGUGUCUUGGUGGUCAUUGAUAAAAGGAAUGGAGAGUGUGAAGCCAAAUGGGUUGGAAUGAAGACAAUAAAAGCGAUAUAUAGUGCUCCUGGUGUCACAUUAGAACCGCAGAUAAUUGAACUGCCACCUGACCCUAACAAAAGUUACAAAUUUUUUGCUAAAAAUGCAAGAAUUGUUCUGCAACUGAGGGGACCAAAAUGUACAAAAAUACGUACUUUUUCAUUAAUUUUGAAUGACUCACACGACCAACCAUUCAGUGAGUUAGUUGGAUGGCUUGAAUUUUGUGUCGCAAGCAGUGAGUUAGUUGGAUGGCUUGAAUUUUGUGUCGCAAGCAAAUUGCUUGCGUUCAAAGCACGAUUUCCUUAUUUAUUGGAGAACUUGUCAAAGUGUUCCUCGGUAAAACCUUCACUAAAGAGUUAA